CGCAUUGGCAGGUCUUCAGUGUGCCAGUGCUGCAGUUUCGACUUCCUAACGAGAUGGGGCAGUAGUCAUCUUUCCCCACUAACUCAGCAAACCAUGUAGAGGAGUAUUGAGCUCUGUUGCGGUGUUGUCCUCCGGGCGAUCUGCGUCGAUCCUUGUUUCUGGACGAUCUUGCCAAUGGCCUUCGAGACAGGUUCGAGCGGUGUAGCAUCAUGUCUGACCUUGAUGAGGCUAUCAAACUCCAUGGGGUUGCAUUACUCCUCCGUUCCUCUGGUCAUUCAGACCGAUCCCCGUCUCUGAACAAUCUUGCUGUCAGCCUUGGAGACAGAUUCCAGCAGCAUGACAUCAUGUCUAACCUUGAUGAGGCCAUCGAGCUCUAUUGGGCUGCAUUGCUCCUCCAUCCAUCUGGUCAUUCGGAUCAAUCCAUGUCUCUGGACAAUCUUGCACUUAGCCUUCGAGACAGAUGUUGGCAGCGGGGCGUCCAGUCCGACCUUGAUGAAGCAUUUAGCUUGUAUUUGCAACUCUCCCAACUAGCACAUGCAGCAUCUCGCACAGGUCUUAGUGUUGCCAAGUCAUGGGCAGCCUCCGCCGACACCCUCAAUCACGGCUUUGCAUUGCUUGCCUAUAAGACUGCACUGAAAUUCCUAGAUUAGCGAGUUGCUCUCUUGUCGUCUUCACGUCAUUUCAAUGUCAUCAGGGAGGCUGUUUCUUCCCUUGCCACAGAUGCUUUUUCAUGUAGUGUUCAUCAUGG